AUGAAUAACCAGGCGCGGACCCCAGCCCCCUCCUCGGCGCGGACCUCAACCUCAGUCCGGGCUUCUACCCCGACCCGGACACCGACUCCACUCCGGACCCCGACUCCAGUCCGGACUCGGACCCCCAUCCGGACCCAGACUCCAGUCCUGACUCCGUCUCCGGCCCGGCUUCCCGCUCUGGUCCAGCCUCCCGCUCCAGCCCACAUCCCCACUCAGGUCCCGACUCCCGCUCUGGCCCGGGUACCCGGUCUGGUUCCGCCUCCUUCUCGGGCCUGGAUCCCUACUCCGGUCCCGACUCCUGCUCGCGUCCGGAACCCAACUCCGGUCCCGACUCCUGCUCCCGUCCGGAACCCAACUCCGGUCCUGACUCCGGCUCGGACCCUGACUCCUCCAGUCCGGGUCCCAGCCCCAGCCCCAGCCCCAGACCCCGCCCAGGUCCUGGCGGGGAUUCGGACCGCGCUCCCCGCCUUGGACUCCUACCCGGCCCCGGCCCUAUCUUUGGAUUCGCCCCUGGAACCUGCUCCGGAGCCGCCUUUGUCGCCCGAGGAGGACCCUGAGCCGGCCCCGAGCCUGAAGCUCAUCCCGUCGGUCUCCAGCGAGGCCGGGCCCGCCCUGGGGCGCCUUCCCACUCACACUCCUCUGGCCGCGAACUCAUCCGGGCCCACCCUGGACUUCACCUUGAGGGCAGACCCGUCGGCCACCGGGCUGGCAGAUCCCCACAUUCCCAGCCCUGUCCCCGCGCCCAUCCUGGGGACCAUCCCGUCGGCCCUCUCCUUACAGAAUUCUACGGAAACCUUGGUCUCCACCAGCGAGAACUUCGCGCUGGACAAGAGGGUCCUGAUUCGAGUGACCUACUGUGGCCUCUGAAGCUAUAGCCUUCGGUACAUUCUACUGAAAAACAGCCUGGAGCAGCAAUUUCCAAAUCACCUACUCUUUGAGGAGGUCAGAGCUGCCCAGGCUACAGGGGAGUUUGAGGUGUUUGUGAACGGGAGACUGGUCCAUUCCAAGAAGAGGGGUGAUGGCUUUGUGAACGAGUCUGGGCUGCAGAAAAUUGUGAGCGUCAUCUAUGAGGAGAUCAAGAAAAGGUAG